GGAUCGCUGCGUGUGGACGAGCCUUUUGAUUAGCCCACUCUAUAUAUUGAAUAUGUAUAUCGAUAUCGAACCAACUUUCGGUUUUUUAUACCAUUACGAACUUCGGUAAUAUCAGUAUGCACUAUGCGUGGUGAUGUGUUUUGUUUAGCUUAUAGGCGUAACUGAGUGUCUCUUUAUAUUCUGUAUAAAAUACAGCGAAACGGGAGCUACUAAAAAAAUUAUACAUGUUAGUGGCGUCUACUGAAGUUGCAACAAACAUCGAGUAUCGAUGCAGACGAGGGUGGGAUUUGUGUUGUUUCAAAAGUUGAGGUUAUAAGUAUUUUCGGAAUUGUUCGAAGAAAAUAUUAAAAAAGCAAUGUCACUGUGCUAUUUAGGGCCAACAGCGUGGCGUACAUUUCCCACUUAUGUUUGUUGUGUUUCUAAAAGAUAUUAUUGUGCAUCGAAGUUGAAACCACUGCUAUGUACCCCAUCCUGGUGUAAACAAGGAGUACCGGCGUUCACGUCGGCCGCUAAAAGUGAAAUAAUUGUGAAACUCUGUAGUCCAAAAAGCGUUUGGUGUGCACAAAAACGAUCAUUACAUUUAAGCUCCAAUCUAAGCGCGAAACGCCCAUAUGAAGUGAACACUGAUGUUCAGAAGGAUGUGAUAUUAUUUAGACACCUAAACCCCAGGUGGUAUACGGUUCUUAAUUUAUUUGCAGUCUGUCAGUUUUGUUUCUGGAUGUAUUCUGCUCAUUUAGGGUAUACACUACUGAAAGAUGCGCCGGUGAAAGCGGAUGUGAAUGAAGAUCUCCCCUUCUGGAGGAGGGUUAAUUUAGGAGAGAAGAAAUAUAGACUUGGAUUUACUCUACUUUCUAUAUUCGUAGGUUUAACUUUGAUGACAACCACUUGCUUGUACACAGCAAAAUCAGUUAAGUAUCUUAUAUUACGGAAAGGGGGAAGGAGCAUAACAAUUGUUACACAUGGACCAUUUGGAAGGAAUAUUUCACGUACAGUGGAUCUUGCAAAUGUCAGUUGUCCAGCUAGCCGCGGGAGUGCUAAAGGGCAGCUGCCAAUCAAAGUGAAAGGAAAUUAUAUUCAUUAUGUAUUAGACAUGAGAGGAGAAUUUACCAACCCUCAGCUUUUUGAUUACACUGCAGGCUUGAAAAGAAAUUUGUAAGCUAUGUAUUUACUUGGAGCAAGGUUUUUCAAAUGCAAAUUUUGGAGCAACUGUAAAUUUUAUUACCAGUUUAUGCUCAUUCCUCAACAUCACUUGUUUUCUUUGUGUAUGUGCUCUUCAGUAUAUUUUUACAACUAAGUUAAUGAUUUUUCACCCACCAAGAACGAGGAAGGAAAUCAGCUGUGUCCUUUUCUAAAGAACCAUCCAUCUGCUUGUCUUAAGUGAUCAAGGUAAGCCUUGAAAACUUAAAUGUGGAUAGGGACUUGAACCUCCACUUGUCCUGAAUGUUAUACCAUAAGUGUAAUACGAGAGAAAGCGAAGUAUAUUUUGCUGUAUCAUAUUAAACUAUAAAAUAUUUCAUUAGUUACUAAUAUAGUUUUAUGAUGUUGUUACUAUUUUCUGAUGUUAAUGUGCUAAUCAGUGAUUGUCAGUGGGAUAAAUGAUCAUUUGGGUAAAAAUGCACUUAUGGUGUCUGUGGCUUUUCCAUUGCACGCUGCUGUUGUUAACAGUUUGAGUGAUAAAUGAUGAGAACAGAACAGUUGGAUGUUGGUAGCCAAUCACAUAGCUCAUGCAUAUUUUCCUAUGCUUCAUAAAUGAAGUUAGCUGGUAUUUUGCUUCACUCGUAGCAAUUUAAGCUGAGUUAUUAGAAACCAACCUUACCACCACCCCAGAAUUCAUGAUAUAUAACAGAAAAAUAGCAAAACAUUUAUGAUAAAAGUGGUGGUAAACAUAAUAAUGUUUACGUUUAUCUGUGCUGUCAGGUCUCACUCUAUCCACAAGCUUAAAAAUUGUCACACAUUCAGAAAAAACAGCCAAAUAUUUGGGAUGGUCAAGAUCAUAAGAUUGAGCUAUUUUCAGGUGUUACUUUAUACUGUCACCCAACUGAUAUGGCCAAUGAUAACGAAGAGUAUUGACAAAAGUACUCAAAAAAGUAAUUGGAUCAAUUAAAGUUAGUUGGCAAAUUAGGUACUCUGUUACAAUUACAAAUUACAAUUAUUUUUCAAUUGGGUUGGUUAAUGUUCAAAUGUAAAAAGAAAAUAAUAAAGGAAAGGCUGAAUGGAGCAAAUAUAAAAUGUAUUAAAAGAGAACAGAUUGAUUAACGUACAAAACAAAAGAAUCCAACAUCCCCACCACAGUCCAUUCAGGUCCACUUUACUACCACCUUACCCAAUUGCUUUUUCACAUGUAACGAUUGGUACAUUGUUCAACAGGCAACACUCACUGAUUUUAUUGUGGCAAAAAGAAAGGUGAAACUGCACUACCUGGACCUUGAUGACUAGUGGUCUGAAUGAGAGAGACUGGGCAUUCUUGCAACCAUCACUGAAACAUGGAGGAAAAAAAAAAAAAGACAUUUAAUAGAUGUACCAUAUUUGUACAAAUAUAGGCUGCACCUAAACUUUUUACAUGCAAUUAUAGUAAGAAGUAAAUCUAGAAUAUAAGCUGCGCUACAAAAUUUAUGAGAAAGUUCAGUUAGAUCCAAUUUGAGUUGCAUAUCACUCUGUUUCCUUCUUCAACUCCUGUGUAACUACAGUGUGCAUACCACACCACUGAUGAGGUGAUUCACACCCACAUCAAGAAUGAGUGCUACUUUAAAAAACUCUUAUCUCUUCCAGUCCAUCAAAUGCUGCAACUUCGCUCUCACCAUGUUUCAUUUCUAAUAUCCUUAAAAGAAACAAAUAGAAAGUUGAUAUCAGAAAUGUUAUGUAUGAAGAAGAAAGAAAACAAAGAUUAAAUUAACUUAUGUGAAAACCUUGACAAAAUUGCUGCUAUUGUCUGUUACACAAGACACCACUUGUUAUGUCGGCUCUCAAUUGCAACAGGCAGAAUCUUAUGUAUGGUAUCUCUCAAUCUUUUUUUAUGGUAAGCAUCACAAAUUUGCUGCCUAGUGUCUCUUCAUUGAGCUAGUGCAUGGUUAUCCCCAGGAAAGCCCUACUAAAAUUUGUCUAGUAAUCUGCUGUGGUUGUAACAGCAUUAACUCUUGAUAGCUGCUCUACGAGUCUCUUUUUUUGGUUAUUGUACCUUUGCGUCGGUCAUGCAGGUACAGUCCUCCUACACGUUGCUAUACUAUUUGGUUCCAGAGACUUCAUCAAAUUUAUGAACAAUGCUUCUACCACUGAUAAAGGCUGAAGAGAAUGGCAGACAAAAUCUAAAACUAGCUUGUCGACAGUGCUAUGGUGGGUAGUGUUAUUUGUGAGGGAAAGUAUAAAUUGUGUUUACUUUGCACCUGUACUUUCAGUCUGAAGAGCAGACUUCAUUUCUUAGCUCAUUGCAGGAAUUGUCCCAUUUCAGAUAACUUUGUUGGAUGAAUCCUCUGCAGUGGAGACAAAGGUUGUGUGAUUAUUAAUUAAAAAAGGUUAUAUUUUACCAUUUGUUAUAUUUGUGCUGUAGUAAAUUAUACUCAGUAUUAAUAAUAUCGUAACAUUUAUAGUUGUAUUGUUUCCUUAGGUUUCUUGGAAAUGUGGCAUGUAUGUACACUUGUUUCAAUUUGUAACUUUAAUAUUACAUAAUAUAUUUUCAGAUUGUAGUUGCUUACCUGUAUAUGCUUCUUUAAAUUAGAUGCUGAACUCCCAGCAGAGUUCAGAAAUUUAUUUCUCCGUCAGAGCUUACAUUUUACCAUUAUAUUUUCUUUGCAUUGUGCACCACUUAAAACUCAAAAUAAUUUCUUAACUAAGGAAAUGGAAAUACUCUAACCCCAUUCUCUCUGUUUUCUAUUUCAUUGGCGAUGCUGUGCAUCAAAGAGACAAACAACCCUCAACUUCCCUCGAAGCACUUAUAAAGUUUAACAAAGAAUGAAUGACGGUUGUGUUAAAGAAAUAUAUAUAGGUGAGAUGUUUUUCAUCGCCUGCAAGAUAUGUGCGAGAGAGAACAAGUUAUGACUGUUACAAAGUAAUGAUUCCAAUGUUGUAA